AGCCUACGCCGCGGGCCAGAGACACGCACAGCUUCCCCCUCCCACACUCACUCCUCCCAUCCUUUAAAAAAAACCGCCCAACCCAAAUAAAUAAUAUCGUUCCAAGCCUGGCGGCGUCCUCGAUGCCCUCUCCUCCUUCCCGGGUUCAGCACGCUCCAGUUCUGCGGGAGGCUGCGACCGGAGGCGGCGGCGCGGACCUGGUGCGGGGCGCGGAGCUAGCGGCGGGCGCGCAGGCGGCCCGCUGGCGCCGCACUAUGCUCCCCAGCGCCGUGGCGGCCCACGCCGGCGCGUACUGGGACGUGGUAGCGUCCUCCGCGCUCCUCAACUUCCCCACAGCGCCGGGCUUUGGCAACCUGGGCAAGAGUUUCCUGAUCGAGAACUUGCUGCGGGCUGGGGGCGCCCCGCCGCACGGGCUGCAGCCACCCGCGCACCACGGCCCGGCGUCGACUCUAGUCGCAGCCGCCGCCGCCGCCGCCACUGCCGCGGGCGUGCAGGUCCGGCCCCUGCCGGCCAGCCCCGUUCCCCUCAAGCUGUGCCCUGCGGCGGAACAAGUCAGCCCCGGCGGCGCGCCUUACGGCACGCGUUGGGCUUUUCAAGUGCUCAGCCCCUCGGCGGACGGCGCCAGGCUGCCGGGCCGGGCUGCGGCGGACCGGGACUGUACCUUCCAGCCUUCCGCCCCAGCAUCUUCCAAACCUUUUUUCCUGAGCGCCCCGCCAUUCUACUCGGCAUGCUGUGGUGGGUCCUGUCGGCGCCCUGCAUCCCCCACUGCUUUUGCAAGAGAAGGGAGUGUGCUGCCUCUCUUGACGCAGGACUCUAACUCCAAAGCUCGGAGGGGUAUUUUAAGACGAGCUGUUUUUUCUGAGGAUCAGAGAAAGGCUCUGGAGAAAAUGUUUCAGAAGCAGAAAUAUAUCAGCAAAACAGACCGAAAGAAACUUGCCCUCAGCUUGGGACUAAAGGAAUCACAGGUGAAAAUUUGGUUUCAGAACAGAAGAAUGAAGUGGCGGAAUUCCAAAGAGAAGGAAGUGCUUUCCAACAGGUGUGUCCAGGAAGUAGGCCUUCAAGAGGAUCCCCUCUCAAGGUCUGCUCUGGGGCUCCCUUCCCCGUGUUCUUCACUCUGGGAAGUCUCCCAGCAGCACUCGAGUCCCAGAUGGAGGGAGAAUUCGCCAGAACCUUCAGAAAGACUCAUCCAACAGAGUUCAGGGGCAGCGGCCCCAGAAGCAAAGUCACAGCAGGGUGCCUUGUAUUUGUGUUCGGAAGAUGCUGGAGACAAGGGUGUACUUACUGGGGCAGUCUGAGUGGAAGCCUUCCUCUACGUUAAUUUAAAAGGAUGCUUAACUAAUAACAUUUGGACUCUAAAACCAGCUAGCUUGUGCCUCAUCAGUGCCUAAAACAUAAUACCUUUGGAGUGACGCAUGAACUAAUGCUUUAGGAAACCCUCUCCAGUGCUCUCUUGUUUGGCUCCCAGACUCAGGCUUAAUUUGUAAGUGGAGUAGAAUCUCCCAGAAAGUACGAAGGAACUGAAAAGAAUGAGAGUUAUAGUUGGCUUAGUCCCUGCUCUGAGUAUGUGUGUAUAUAUGUGUGUGUCUCUACGUGUGUGUGUGUGUGUGUGUGUAUAUAUAUAUAUAUAUAAAUACUCAUUGAAAUACAUUAGUAGGAACUAGUUCCUCUUUAAAUAUUGCACCAAGCAAAUUCAUUUCCUUUUAUAUGAGGAAGAACCAACUAUUGACCGAAUAUUAUUAAUUUUUUGAAAAUAAUGUAAAAUUUGGAUUUUGGUCCAACGUGUUUUUUUAAAAAUUCCCUAUUUUCUGAUUUCUUUCAGUCUCCAGCUAUAAAUGAACCUUAACAACUCAGCUCAGCUACCCUAAUCGAAUGAGGCAUUGUUAGAUACAUACCCUGAAAGUCUUUACUUAAAAGUAAUCCAACAAGAAAACUAGAAGAAUUUCUGAAUGAAACUAUUAGGACCUUUAAUUUUCCAAGUGUCUGGACUUCAUCAGGACAUCAUUGAGGGAGGUACCCAUUUAACUAAUGAUUAUCUUUUGAUCUCUUCUCUGUAAGGAUGCGCCUUAAUCAAGGUUUGCAAAAUGAAAUGCCUUUAAGGGCCUGUCAGUAAAUAACGGGCGUGGCCCACCUAAAAAUAUUUGAGUUUAAUAAUUUUAAAAGUAUUGUGUUGGGCAAAUGAAACAUCUAUGCCAAGCAGUUUGUGACCUCCCGCCAAGAUUUAAAGAAGUGUCACAGUUCCUAAAAUGUUCCCAACUGGACUUCAAAACACAAUACUGAUGGAACCGGUAGUGGAUUUCUGUUUGCACUUCUAGUUAUAGACUCAAUUUUCCACUUAGGUGGUAUACACUAUAUAUAUUAGGUUACUUUUAUGUAUUAACAAGCAUCACACAGAUGUUUUGUGUGUUUUGUUGUUCCUGAAAUAGUAGUGGUAUAAAAUUGCAUUUCUGGUAACGAUUUGCUUAAUCUAGAAAUUUUUAUUCCAGGUCCAAGAAAAAAUUAUGUUUCACUUUGAAGGAAAUGAGGCAGAAAGAGGAAAUGAUGUGGUUUUCAACUAGGUUACUAUUAAUCUGUGGACAAGAAACAUUAUUAGAAGUUCAUGAUGUGGAAUUUUGUUAGUGAGACAGCUGCGUAAAGAGAAUGGCUUCUAAUUUGCUUAAAUUCCUAGUUAUAGACUUUGAGGCUUUAGCGUUUAAAGAAGGUAAUAUCUCAGAAGACAACAGUUUUAGUCAGCAUCAGGUAAUGAUUUUGUCUGAACGUGAUUUGAAUUGGGGUAUGCUAGCCUGUGUCUUUAUCACGAGUUGUUUUACUUAAAAGUCCUCUCGGAAAAAGCUUGUCUCGGUGUCUCUGUGGGAAAGAGGAGCAGGGAUCUGCUGACAACCAUUUAAAAUUUAAAACCUGUCUUAAAAUGAUUUAUAGUAUUGGGUUUUUUUUCUUGGUAGAAUGUUAACCUCACCUACAUUUUUUGGGUCCUUUCUGUGCACCAGAGACUGUGCUAAGCCUUUAGGGUGAGUUAAUUCAUGGCGGUCCUCAUGACAGUAGCCCUAGGAGGUAGGCACUAUUACUGUCAGGAUUCUGUUACCCAGACGAGGGCGUAAGGCCAUGGUUAGGGUGGUGGCCCAAGGUCAUGAGGUUAAUAAAUGGGAUUUGGACCCUGGCCAUCAAGUUUCAAAUCUUGAAAUCAUACCAACCAUACGGGGGGUGCAUACCGCUGUAGAAUGUAUUCACCAGCUAUGGGCUGCAUUGUAAGACAUACGUUUUGGGGAUUGCAGUAAGAUUUAUUAAAGAAAUUCAGAAGCAUAUUGUACUUUAUGAUCUCUUACUUGGGGAAUGGUUUUCUUUCUAGUGUUCUCUUCUCUAUUAACUUUGAAGUUUAGGGAAGGUAAAGAAUUGCAAAAGCCUUCAACUAUGAAGCCUCUAUAGAAAAUAGUCUCGUAGGAGUGUUUAAGUGAAAUGAAACUAUUUUUUUUUAUCACUCACUGCCAAAAAUUUUGAAGUGCUUAUCUAUGGUUAAUGUUCCUUGAGAAUAACUUGAAGAUCAAACGAGAGCAACCUGCUUCAUGGCCACCUGAUAAGCCAGGUUUUAGGUGUGGGCUAAUUGGUGCUUAAAUGAUCUAACCCCGGACUUUCACACCAAGCUCUGAGACUCAGCAGAAGAUUUUCUCUCUGUAAGGUUGGCCUGAUAGUCAAAUAUACAAAUAAAUAUUUUAACUGGGUUCUACUCUGGAAUGCCUUAAGGCUUAGGAAAAGUACACUUUAGGUGAAUAUAUUAGGGAUACAUAGGAAACACACAAAUGCAUACGCUUGGUGCACAUACAUAAGCCUGUUGUGCCUUCCCUUUGCCUUCCUUUCCUGAAUUAACUUGAGAGAACUGCUGAGCUUGAUAUUCUAAUUGACAAGGGUCUCCCUUCUCUCUUAAUUUGUACUCUGCCAACUCUCUCUCUACCUCCUUCCACCUAAAGUACAUACACAUGUAUUUUCCUCUGUUCUCUAGAUGCAGAUUCCUUUUCUCCAUGUGGUCACAUAUUAGUGUAUUUGUUGUCUGCUUUCCAGGAAAUUCUGCUCUAGUAAGCACUGGAACCAGAGAAGCCUGGAGGCGAAGGUAUUUUUAAAAUUUUUAGAAGACAUUGUCAUGUGGGUUUUUAGGCAGAUGAGAAGAAAAAAUGGUUAGUGCCAUGCUCUAGCUUUUACAAAGAUAAGUAUUUUAUAAAGCUCAAUAUAAAGGGUUGGAAGUAUAUAGCAGCUUAGGCAUGAUCACUGGGUCGGGAGACAGUGAAGGCCACGAUCAUUGAUGUUGAAAAGGCCAUUCUAUUUUCUUAGCGAUGCCGUGGGUUGAAUGGGGAACCCAAUUGCUUAGUCCAGUGGUUCUCAAACUUUAAAAAUUCAUACAUAUGAACAUGCCAUACCUUCCCACCAGUUUUGGGUAUGUGCUCAGAUUUGUGCAUAUACUUCAUACAUUCUCUUCAGCCACACCUCCCACUCCACCCUCUGAGAAUCAUUACACAUGUUUUUCUCUUUUCAAAUAUAAAGUCAUAAUUAAAUUUGCUCAUUCAAACCACCCAUGUCCUUUCUGGUCCCUUUCAUUUUGCAUUCUGAUGCAUUUGUUUUAAAGCUACACACACCCCAACGUGUUCCAUGACCAGUGAUUUCUUCAAGCUCUGCUGGCCUUUAAUACAGAAGGCUCAUUCCACUGUGUUGAUAAGCUUGUUAGCCACUGCCUCUGCAGUCAUCUGAAAUCCACAAAAAUACUUUUUCUUUUUGGAUUUCAACACUUACUGGGUACUCAGUGUGAGGCACUGUCCUAGGCUCUGUGUAAACGUGAGGGAGAAUGUGGUCCUUGCCCUCAAGAAACUUAGAAUUAUCUUAAAAAAAAAAAAAAAGAAACUUAGUAUUAGUCUUUUUGCCAAACAACUUUUGAUAUAUUCUAUGCUGUCGGUAACCGGAUCCAGUAAAUUUGAAGCAAAAAAUAAUCUUCUAACAUCCUCCCAAACCCCCAUCUCUCCAUGUGCGGUUGUGGGGAGUGAUCCGAAGUUGAUUAAGUGCUCCACUAUUUAGAAAAAUACAAGCUCCCUGGCAUUGUUGGUUUUCUCUCUCUCCUCCAAUCAGGCCACGUUGGUCCCAAGAGGAGUCAGAGCCCGAGGGAAGAAUUCAUUAUUCUUUUGUUCAUAGUGCAUCCGACCCUCUACUUUGGUCUUUCUACUUUCUCAGCCUCAGAUCAACCUGUACCCAUGGUGGGUGGGAACAGUGAAGGAAAAGCAAAUAACACAAGUGAGGGGGGAAAUCAGGAUGAUAAGUAUUCUUGAAUAUAUAAGGAAGUUUUGCAGAAUUAAUUUAUAUCCUUUAUAAACCAUCUCUGAAAUAAGCAACUACCUUAAGAAUGUUGGACUAACCCCACAAAGAUGGUUCUUAUCUUCCAGAUAUUAUUUGGGUUCUGUUACAUUGUUAUUUUUGGUUGUAAAAGUUAUACAUGCUCAUUAUGAAGAAACGCACUUGAAAAUACAGCUAACAAAAAUUCGUGUGUAAUUCCAUUAUUUGGAGACAGCCAACUUAGCUCUUUUGUGAAAAAUUUUCACAUUGAAUGUAUGUACAUAUAAAGGUGUGUAUGACUAAACAGAUUUGGAUCAUAGUAUGUGUCCAGUUUAUCCUGCUUUUUUUAACUCAACUUUUUACAGAAGACAUUUCCCCAUGCCAUUAAAUAAAUGCUGAAACUAUUUAUGAUGGCUAUAUAAUUUUCCAUUGCUAACUCUUUCACUUCUUGAGGUGGACCAGGGAAUGGGGCUGGGGGGUGGCAGGUCAUGGAGAGAAUGAUCAUGGAGCUCCUGUACCAAAUGGAGAACCUCUUCCAAAAAGCCACCAUGAAGUUUAUCAAAACAUAUCCAUCCAGUCAAGGUCCAAGGGAGUUGUAUACACUUGGAUUUCAAUACCUUGCCAGCAGCAAACAUACUAAUGUAGGGCAAAAUUUUUAAUUGUGCUUUGCAGUCACACUGAUAACCUCAUUUUAGCUAUGUUUA